AUGGCUUCGUCGCUGACGUCGAUGCUCUCGGCGGAGCAGGAGGAGGAGGACGUGGCGGACCCGUCGGCGGUGAACCUGCUCGUCGUCGUCCCGCCAAAGCUCCCACAGCUGAUGGUUCCUCCCUCCACGGACGAGGACCUACUGCUCCGGGCGUGCGGCGAUGGCCUGCUCGAGCAGCUCUCCAACGCCGUCCCGAGGCGCUUUGGCGACACGGGCGGCCAGUGGUUCUUGCUCCACGCGAGCCAGCGCGACGGCACCUCGCUCGCUCGCCUGCUCCGCGCGGCGUCCGGCGCCGGGCCCUGCGUGCUCCUCCUCCGGGACACACAGGGACGCGUCUUUGGCGCCUUUUGCAGCGAGCUGCGGGAGGCGACGGCGCGAGCCUCCUCCGAGAGCGCCCCCUCCCACUCCGUCUACGGCACGGGCGAGACUUUCCUCUUCGCCCUCGGCCGGCUCGCCCUCCCUCCGCCUCCCGUCGCCCGCGGCAACACGCCCGCCCAGCCGCGUGUGACCCAGAUGGAGCGGAGCACGUCCGACCUCCUCGCGGAGGGCGCGGCGGCGGCGGGCGAGGCGGCGGACGCGGCGGGAGGGGCAGAGGAGGGUGGCGGCGGCGUGGGUAGUCCGGCGCGCCCGCCGCGAGUGUCUGUGCAGGUGACGCCACCCAUCCGGCGGCGAGCCCACGCGACGCCGGUGGUCUUCCCGUUCCGCUGGACGAGGGCCAACGAGCACUUCGUCGCGACGACGCAGGAGGGCGCCGCCGAGAGCCUGCAGCUCGCGAUCGGCGCCGGAGGCGGGCUGGUACUGGACAGCGACAUCAGCGGCGGCUCGAGCGCAAGCAGCGACACCUUCGACAACCCGCCGCUCACGCUCAUCGCCACGCCGGCCGAGGGCGGCGCCGACACCGCUGCGGCAACGGUCGCCGCUCCCGACGAGCCGUCAGUAAGGGCCCUGCGCCCGCCGGUACCCACGAUCGCCUCGCAGACCUGCACCACCCUGGGCCGGUCCGCCUUUAUCGCGCUGCUCGCCCGCGGCCUGCAGCUCCUCGCGCUCUGGCUGCACCUCCUGCAAACGCUGCUCCUUUGGGCGGGCUACCAUUCUCCAAACCUCGCGGCGGUCCUAGAUUGGCUCGCUCGCAGUGACGGUCCUCCGCCACCAGCAGACCACCCGCAGCGCAUCCGCGUCGUGGAGCGCCGCGGCCGGCGCAUCCUCGCGCUCGGCGACGACGAGGUGGUUGUGGUCGGAGGCAACUACGUGCUCAAGGCGGCGCCGUGGUUUCCGCCGCCCGAAGACGUCGCCAGGGACUGCCGGGCGGUGGUGGCCAACCUCGCCCGCGGCAGCUGGCGGGUGCCGGGGAAGCGGGUGGUGCCGUGCUGGCGGCUCGGCUGCCUCUGGUCCGGUGCAAUGCCCAGCCCCGGGCGGCUCGACCCGGAGUGGGUGGCGCGGCUCGAGGAGACGGUCUCCACGUUCGAGGCGCACGGCAUCUACUGCUUCCUCGAGGUGCACCAGGACGCCAUGUGCGCCACAAACGGGGGCGAGGGAGUGCCGGUGUGGGUGGCGCAGCAUUUCCAGGCCCGCCCCGAGACGGCCGCCGGCGAGUCCUACCUCGUCUCUCCGUCGCACCCGCUCGAGAUUGCGCUCCCGCGGCUGCUGCAGCCGCUCUGGGGGCGGCUCGUCUCCGUGCAAACCUCCGGCGAGGAGGACCCGUGGCGCGCCUUCAGCGUCGAGGACGAGGCGCCGGGCCGUCCGGCGACGCUGAUGAACCUGGGCAACCCGUCGAUCCGGCUCAACAACUAUGGCGAGUCUUGGCGAUCCGGCGUCCUCUUUCUGAGCAAGCAGGUGCAGAACCUCGCCUCGCGCCUCUACCGCUCGCACCGCGCCGCCGCCGACCGGCCCGUCUUCGAGGGCUACGUCGCGCUGCUCGAGUGCCUCGCCGCCGUCUGGAGGGGGCACGCCAACGUGAUCGCCAUCGAGACGCUCAACGAGCCGCCGAUGGGCGGGCUGUGGGACCUCUUCACCGGGCGGCCGUCGCGGCUGCUCCGCUUCCGCUCCGAGCUGUGGCGCUUCCAGGCGGCGGCGCUCGACGCGCUCGACGAGCGAGGCGCGCUGCCCGGCUUCUCGCUCGCCACGCUGCUGCUCGCGCUCUGCGACCCGAUCCCGUGGGCCGCGUGGCGCACGUACCGCCGGUGGGCGGCGGGCGGGCGGCUGCUGCUCUCCUUCCACUACUACGCCCCUCCGACGAGCUGCUCCUUCGCCUCGGCCACACUCCGCGCGCGCGCCUUCGCGCAGCUGCUGAGCGGCUCGCCGGGCGGAGUGCCCUGCUUCCUCUCCGAGUUUGUCGAGCCCGAGGCGGAGGAGGUGGCGCGCGACAUACAGCGGGCGGUCGAGCUCGGUGCCUCCGCCGUCGCGUACUGGCAGUUUGUCAGCGCGCAGCCCACGCACACGAUGCGGGUGGGCGGCCGCGACGUGGUCUUCCACAAGCAGCCCGACGGCUGGGCGGCCUACGCGCCGCCGGUCGUGCCGCCCGUUCCCAGGCCGGACGGCUCGCUCGCCCGCUUCGCCGUCUGCGACACGCUCGACGAGUUUCGCGCGUACCAGGCGCAGCUCGAGCGCGGCGAGUACUGGGGCGCGGCCAUCACGCAGUUCGGGGGCGCCGAGGUCAAGCACGGCGUCCUCCACGCGCUCGUCUCGUACGCCCGGCCGCGCAAGGCCCUCCCGGUGCACAAGGCGGCGGCCGUGCUCACCCACCUCGCCGACCGGCUCGCCGCCCUCCCCGGAGAGGCGGCGGCCUCGGCAGAGCAGGCGGCGCUCCGGGUGAAGAGCAAGGUGCUCUGACGCGAGACGACGGCGCCGCGAGACGAGGGCUUCUCUUAAAGUUAGAGCGUAAAUGGGGUCUCUCUCUCGAAUGCCAUAUUUUCAUAUUCAGUAGAGCUCUAUGUGUCGGUCUGAAAAAAAA